GACUUCAACCUGGGCUGCGGCCUUUGGCGUCCUCGGCCGCUUCGCAAGCAAGGACCCAGCGGCCACCAUAAAGCUGGUGCUCGAGGAUGCUCAGACCCAGGUCAAGGAAGAGACGGGCGCGCCUUGGUUUUCUGUGUUGGGGCAGCCGGGUGGAAGCAGUGAAGGACAUCCUGCAGUCCCUGAAACAGACAGAGAGAAGAUAUUCUGGGUGGCAGCGUUUCGCAGCCGAGAGAUCUACCACACUGAGCACACAAACCGCCCAAGCAACAAGACCUUUGUCUCGGAGCUCAUGGCAACAUGCGCUACCGGCAAUCCCAUGUCCGAUAUGAAUGGCACCUACAGGGGCAUCAUGUACUACCUUGAGAAGCCGGCAGCAAAAGCGUCGGGGACCAUCUGGGCGGCGCUGAGAAGCUGGAACACCAAGGACUCAGACGCAGCGUCCAAGCUUCUCCAGUUCUUACGUGCAGAUGCUCUGCAGCACAUGGAGGCCCAUGAGGGCCUCGUGCAGAGCAUCCUGUUUCCCACGGUUAUGAUGGGAGGCGAUGUGCCCCAAGGAGUACCGAAGGACGACCGCAUUGUCAGCCUCGUCCAGCUGUUUACGUCUGCGGCGGCCAUGGAAGCCUGGAAGGCAUCAAGCCUCCAAGAUGCAGGUGCAUGGAAAGAGCUGGUCGAGGACCCCUCCAAGGAUUUCAUGCUGUUCGAAUUUGCGAACUUCCAGCACUUCGCCAAGUGA